AUGGCAAUAGUAAAAGCAGAUGUGGUUAAAGAAGCACUAAGAUUACAUCCUCCCCUUCCUUUCUUAUUUCCAAGAAGAGCAAUGCACGACACUAACUUCAUGGGGUAUGAUAUACCAGAAGACACUCAAGUGUUGGUUAACGACGUUUGGGCAAUUGGAAGAGAUCCUGAAAGCUGGGACGACCCUUUGGAUUUCAAGCCCAAGAGGUUCCUUAACUCGAAAUCUGAUUUCAAAGGACAAUGUUUUGAGUUCUUACCAUUUGGUGCUGGCAGGAGGAUGUGUGUAGGCCUUCCUUUAGGUAAUCGAAUGUUGCACUUCGUUUUAGGUUCAUUGCUUCAUGAAUUCUAUUGGGAACUUCCUAGUAAUAUCAAUCCUAGAUCAAUGGACAUGAAGGAGCCAACAUUUCUUUGGACCGACUUUCAUAUUAAGUUAUAUAACAGCAUUUCUUUAUAG